UAUGAGUUCGCUAAAGAAGGGGAGAGGAAGAGAUGAAGGGGAAGAGAAGACAGGCAUGAGAAGCACUGUUCAUAACUUCAUAGCAGUUCCACGCGGCGUCUCGCACAAAGCUGACCUCCCGUGAAGACACGUUAUAAGGAUAGCUGUGCCGAGAAACUGCUUCUUCUAAACAACUUAAAACUGAACAAACUUAGUUCGUCAGAAUGGUUGUAGCUAUUGUUCUCCUCCUUACUGUGGCUUUCUUGAUAUACAAGCUGACCAGAAAACCAGACAACUAUCCACCAGGUCCCCCGCUGUGGCCGGUCCUGGGAAACGCCCCGCUGAUGAGGUCCAAGAAGUCGUUCCUCCUGGCGCGCGACCUGCGGCGCGCCUACGGGAACGUGGUGGGCCUGCGCCUCUUCUCGCAGCCCAUCCUGCUGGUGUCCGGCCUCAGCGAGGUCAGGGAGGCGCUGGCCAAGCCCGAGUUCCAGGGCCGUCCGCUGGGAGCCAUCCGCGAGCUGGAGGACGACAGGACCGGGAUAGUGUUCCUGGAGGGCCGCCAGUGGCAGGAGCACCGCCGCUUCGCGCUGAGGCACCUGCGCGAGCUGGGCAUGGGCCGCCACGCCAUGGAGCGCUGCGUCACGGAGGAGGCCGUGGCGCUCAUGAGGGACGCCCGGCGCCUCGCGGGCGACGCCUGGCGCCGCCCCGUGCCCGUGCACGACCUGGUCAGCGCCUCGGGGGUCAACAUCAUCCUGCAGCUGCUGGCGGCGCGCCGCUUCGACCGCCUGGACCCGCGCAUGCGCGAGCUCAUGGCCGUGGUGAGGGCCACCACUUCUGUGCUGGACUCCACCGGGGGGGUCGCCAACUGCUUCCCCUUCCUGCUGCGCCACCUGCCAAGCCUCACCGAGUACCCCGCGGUGAAGCGCGCCAAGCAGCACAUCCGCAGCUACUGCUACAGCAUGAUAGAAAAGCAUGAAGAGGAUAUGGACAAGGAAAGGAAAGAAGAUCUUAUAUACUUUUAUCUUCAGCAAAUAACGAAAGAAGAUGAAAACGAGUUCUUCAACAAGAAGCAGCUAGCGGGCCUCAUCAGCGACCUGUUCAUCGCGGGCAGCGACACCACCACGGGCGCCCUGGCCUAUGGAAUACUGCACAUGGCGCUCAGUGCAGACGUGCAGGCCAAGGUGCAGCAGGAACUGGACACUGUGGUGGGCAAGGAGCGACUGCCCACCACGGAGGAUAGACAGAGACUGCCCUACUGCGAGGCUACCAUCAACGAGAUUCUCAGGUUCGCUAAUGUUGUCCCGCUGAGCGUUCCUCACGCGGCGAUCACAGACACCACUUUCAAAGGGUAUUUCAUUCCUAAGGGAACAAGAAUACUGCUGAACCUGUUCGAUCUCCACAUGGACCCCGACUACUGGGGUGAUCCUCAGGACUUCCGUCCAGAGAGGUUCCUGGACGAGACGGGCAGGGUGAGGAAGGACGAGGCGCUCCUCCCGUUCGGCCAGGGCAAGCGGUCCUGCAUCGGCGAGUCCUUGGCCAGGACCAACCUCUUCAUCACGUUCACCUCCUUGCUGCAGAACUUCUCCCUGUCCCUCCCUGACGGGCAGGAGCGUCCUAGCACCGAGCACAUGGGCGGGAUAACCGUGACCACACAGCCCUUCAGCGUCGUCAUGAGCCCCAGGAACUCUUGCAAGCUCUACUGAAGUCUGGUUGCCAGCCUGAAGGCACGAGCGACACAGCACCGAGCACAUGAGUGGGAUAACCGUCACCACACAGCCCUUCAGCGUCGUCAUGAGCCCGAGGAACUCUUGCAAGCUCUACUGAAGUCUGGUUGCCAGCCUGAAGGCACGAGCGACACAGCACCGAGCACAUGAGUGGGAUAACCGUGACCACACAGCCCUUCAGCGUCGUCAUGAGCCCCAGGAACUCUUGCAAGCUCUACUGAAGUCUGGUUGCCAGCCUGAAGGCACGAGCGACACAGCACCGAGCACAUGGGCGGAAUAACCGUCACCACACAGCCUUUCAGCGUCGUCAUGAGCCCGAGGAACUCUUGCAAGCUCUACUGAAGUAUGGUUGCCAGCCUGAAGGCACGAGCAACACAGCACCGAGCACAUGGGCGGGAUAACCGUUACCACACAACCCUUCAGCGUCGUCAUGAGCCCCAGGAACUCUUGCAAGCUCUACUGAAUUCUGGUUGCCAGCCUGAAGGCACGAGCGACACAGCACCGAGCACAUGGGCGGGAUAACCGUUACCACACAGCCCUUCAGCGUCGUCAUGAACCCCAGGAACUCUUGCGAGCUCUACUGAAGUCUGGUUGCCAGCCUGAAGGCACGAGCGACACAGCACCGAGCACAUGGGCGGGAUAACCGUGACCACACAGCCCUUCAGCGUCGUCAUGAGCCCCAGGAACUCUUGCGAGCUCUACUGAAGUCUGGUUGCCAGCCUGAAGGCACGAGCGACACAGCACCGAGCACAUGGGCGGGAUAACCGUUACCACACAGCCCUUCAGCGUCGUCAUGAGCCCCAGGAACUCUUGCGAGCUCUACUGAAGUCUGGUUGCCAGCCUGAAGGCACGAGCGACACAGCACCGAGCACAUGGGCGGGAUAACCGUUACCACACAGCCCUUCAGCGUCGUCAUGAGCCCCAGGAACUCUUGCGAGCUCUACUGAAGUCUGGUUGCCAGCCUGAAGGCACGAGCGACACAGCACCGAGCACAUGGGCGGGAUAACCGUUACCACACAGCCCUUCAGCGUCGUCAUGAGCCCCAGGAACUCUUGCGAGCUCUACUGAAGUCUGGUUGCCAGCCUGAAGGCACGAGCGACACAGCACCGAGCACAUGGGCGGAAUAACCGUUACCACACAGCCCUUCAGCGUCGUCAUGAGCCCCAGGAACUCUUGCGAGCUCUACUGAAGUCUGGUUGCCAGCCUGAAGGCACGAGCGACACAGCACCGAGCACAUGGGCGGAAUAACCGUUACCACACAGCCCUUCAGCGUCGUCAUGAGCCCCAGGAACUCUUGCGAGCUCUACUGAAGUCUGGUUGCCAGCCUGAAGGCACGAGCGACACAGCACUGAGCUUAUGGGAAGAAUAACGCAACCUUUCAGCUUAUUUACACUAUCACCUAUGUUUAGGUAGAUUUUGAAGAAAUACUACCUAUUGUAGCCGUUACCAUGGUGCGACUUCCGGAAAAUGUUUAUAUAGUUUUUCGUUUCAUGGUCCAUAGACCCAAAAUUUAUAUGUUUAUAUAUAAUAUAAAAGUUUUUAUAUUUAUAUAUUACAAUUUUGUGGACAAGAUAACUACAGCAAUUUUUUUACAAAUAUUUUCCAAACUGAUACAUAACAUCUAAUUGUGUAAAAUCUCGGUCGAGUUAAUUACUGGGCAGUUUCUGACAAAAGGAGUAGAAAUGGGGAAGGUUUUUUUGAAAAACUGUAUAAUCGCUGUAACUCCCUUAAUAUGGAAAAUAUCACAUCAGUGAACGUAUUCUAUCUUGUAGGAGUAAUACCAAAAACAUUUGUCUAAAAACAUUUUUGAUACGACCAUUUAUAACUACAAGGGUUGGAGGGGAAAAAAAAUCAUAAUUCUGUUCGUAGUCACGCCAUCGAAUUCGUUCAAGGAGUUUGUAAAUUUUAUAAUUUUUGUCUAAAACUUUUGUCUAAAACAAUUUUUGCUAAGACGAACCAUUGCUGCAAGGAAUUGAAUAAAUAUGUUUUUUUUUUAAUAUUAAACGUAUUAGUAUAAUCCGUACCUAAUACACUAUUAGUCCAUUUUUUAUUAUAAAACAUAAAAAUAUUAUCUAAAAAAUUUCGUCCGAAAAUAUUUUUAUAUGACAAACCAUAAUUGCAAAGGGUGGAAAAAACAAGGGUUUUAAAACAAAAAAAAAUUCAUAACUCCCUUCGUAAGGACACAAUUGAAUCCGUUCAAAUUGUUUGUAAAUAUUAUCAUCUUUAUCUCAAACUAUUUUCUGAAAAAAAUAUUGAUAAUAUGAGCCUUGCUGCAAGGGGUUGAAAAAAACAAGGGUGGAAUUAAAAAAAUUAAUAAUAUCAGUGCCAUGUACACUAUCAAAUUCGUUCUAAUUUAUUGUGAAAACUUUAAUCGUAUGAAAUAAUUUAUAAUUAUAUUAAAUUAUAAAGAUUAUGGCUGUAAGGAGCAUAACAUAUGGUUAAAUCUAACACGAACAUCAGAAGCAAGCAAGAGUAAAGAUGCCAAACACUAUAUACCUUCUAUUAAUCAGCAACAACCAAUAAGAUAAAAUCAUCCUUGAUUGGACGAUACAGUAGUCGAAGGCAGAAGAUCCCUACUUACUUGAUUGGCUGGCACUAGAGUUAAAAAGGGUGUCCUAUCGUGACUAAUUCACCUGAAUAAGACCCCUGGAAAGUAUCCCUGGAAACCAUUUUCCAGUACUCAAUUGAUUCUCAAAAUAUUCCUGCAGCAAUUUACGAGUGAAAGUUCUGUGCCUUUUUACUAUUGUGAUGUGGCUCGACUUCUAAUCCCAGAAUAGUUCAUCAGGCAAGGCAUCGAAAGCCUUAAAAGUAUUUUAAGCAGUCUGUUAUACUUUAUUUAGUUACAAUGCAUUGAAGACAAGUUCAAAAAUUUUGAAAUUAUAUUUAAUUUGUAUUUUGUAAUUAAUUUUUGUUAGUGAAAGUUUUCAGACAGUUUUAAAUAAUUUAUGUGUGUUAGAUGUUGUUUACAUAAUCGUGAAAGGCUCUAUUCAGUAUAUUUUUACAUAUACUAAUAGUUUUAUACAUAUUUUUGUUUAAAGGAACAUGAUAAUUUUAUGAAAUGUUUAAAAAAAAAUUUUGGUAGAAUAAGUGUCAGAUAAUUUUAUAACUUAAAAUUUUAAAAGGAGGCUUAUAUAAUAAAGUAUUUGCCGUGAAUUAAACGUGUUCUUGAAACAA